AUGAUCCAAACCCCAACUCGCACCGAUCAGCGCGUGCCUCCUCCUCCUUCCUCCUCCUCGCAACGAGAUUUCAGAUUAGUUCUUCCGAUUCUCCGCCGUGUUCCCCAAUCUCCGUACGAGUUCUUAUCAAUGGACAUAGAUCUCCGUCUACAUUCAGGCGACCAAGUUGAUGAAGACAACAACAACAACAACGUCUUACACAACGAAGACAUAGACAUUAGUAAAAUCGAGGAAGAAGACACCGUCGUCACCACCAUGGAGUUACAAACCGGAGAAUUAGUUAAUAACUACACAGAAAGUAUUAACCUUGAGCCACUAAACGGCAUGGAGUUCGACUCACACGUCGAAGCCUACGCCUUCUACCAAGAAUACUCACGAGCCAUAGGUUUCAACACUGCGAUACAAAACAGUCGUAGAUCAAAAACCACAAGAGAGUUUAUUGAUGCUAAGUUCGCUUGCUCUAGGUACGGUACUAAAAGAGAGUAUGAUAAUAAAUCUUGUAACCGUCCUAAAGCUAGACAGAGCAAAGUGGUGGAACAUCCUGAGAAUAAUAAUAUGGGUGGUGGUUGUAGGAGGACUUGUGCUAAAACUGAUUGUAAAGCUAGUAUGCAUGUUAAGAGAAGGGGUAAUAAUGGGAAAUGGGUGAUUCAUAGCUUUGUUAGAGAGCAUAAUCAUGAACUUGUCCCUCCGCAAGCUGUGAGUGAACAGGCUAGGAAGGUCUACGCUGCUAUGGCUAAGAAGUUUGCUGAGUAUAAAACUGUUGUUGGGUUAAAAGGUGAGUUGUAUGAGAAAGGAGGUCGGGGUUUGUCAGUGGAGACAGGGGAUUUUAGGAUUUUGCUUGAUUUCUUGUCGCGGAUGCAGGUUUUGAGUUCAAACUUCUUUUAUUCGGUGGAUCUUGGAGAUGAUCAGAGAGUUAAGAAUGUGUUUUGGGUUGAUGCGAAGAGCAGGCAGAGCUAUGUUAGUUUCUGUGAUGUUGUUUCUCUUGAUACUACCUACGUGAGAAACAAGUAUAAGACCCCCCUUGCUGUUUUCGUCGGUGUGAAUCAGCAUUAUCAGUAUAUGGUACUUGGUUGUGCUUUACUAUCUGACGAGAGUUCAGCUACGUUCUCUUGGUUAAUGAACACCUGGCUGAAAGCGAUGGGGGGACAUGCUCCUAAAGUUUUGAUCACUGAGCAAGAUGUUGUAAUGAACUCCGUUGUUCCUGAGAUCUUCCCUAAUACUCGGCAUUGCGUUUUUCUUUGGCAUGUGUUGAUUAAGGUCUCUGAGAAUCUUGGCCACGUUGCUAAGCAGCAUGAAGAUUUUACCGCAAAGUUUGAGAAGUGUAUUUAUAAAUCAUGGAAGGAGGAAGACUUUGCGAGAAGAUGGUGGAAGAUUCUUGCUAAAUUCGGCCUCAAGGAAGAUCAGUGGAUGCAGUCUUUAUAUGAAGACCGGAGGAAAUGGGCACCGAGUUACAUGACUGAUGUUCUUUUGGCAGGGAUGUCUACAUCUCAAAGAGGUGAUAGUGUUAAUGCUUUCUUCGAUAAGUACUUGCACAAGAAAACUAGUGUACAAGAGUUCGUGAAACUGUAUGAUACGAUUUUGCAAGAUAGAUUCGAAGAAGAAGCCAAAGCUGAUUCGGAAAUGUGGAACAAGCAGCCAACAAUGAAGUCACCAUCUCCGUUUGAGAAGAGUGUUUCCGAAGUCUACACUCCUGCUGUGUUCAAGAGAUUCCAGAUUGAAGUUUUGGGUGCAAUUGCUUGUUCACCCAGGGAGGAGAACAGGGAUGCAACGUGCUCUACUUUUAGAGUUCAGGAUUUUGAAAACAGCCAGGAGUUUGUGGUGACAUGGAACCAAGCUAAGGCUGAAGUCUCUUGCAUCUGUCGGUUGUUUGAGUAUAGAGGCUACCUCUGCAGACACACGCUUAAUGUUCUUCAGUGUUGUCAUCUUUCUUCCAUCCCAUCGCAGUACAUAUUGAAACGGUGGACAAAAGACGCAAAAAACCGGCAGUUUUCUUCAGGAGAGCCUCAGCAGUUUCAGACUAGGCUGCAACGGUACAACGAUUUGUGCCAGCGAGCGUUGAAGCUGAAUGAAGAGGCAUCAUGCUCUCAAGAGAGUUAUAACAUUGCAUUCCUUGCCGUUGAAGAAGCUUUGAGAAACUGUGCUGGUGUUAAUACUUCCGGCAGAAGUCUUAUGGAUGUGGUCAGCUCACCAACUCAAGGUCUGGUUUCUGUGGAGGAGGAUAACCAGAGCAGAAGUGCAGGCAAGGGGAGCAAGAAAAAGAAUCCAACGAAGAAAAGAAAAGUGAACUCAGAGCAGGAGGCUAUGCCGCCGCCAGUUGCAGCGCCAGAAAGUUUGCAACAGAUGGAUAAGUUGAGCUCAAGGACAGUUGGCAUAGAAAGUUAUUACGGAACACAGCAGAGCAUGCAAAAUAUGGUCCAGCUAGACUUAAUGGGGCCAAAUCGUGAUAACUUCUAUGGAAAUCAACAAACAAUUCAAGGAUUGCGACAGUUGAAUUCAAUAGCACCAAGUUACGACAGUUACUACACUGCUCAGCAAGGCAUCCAUGGACAGGGAGUAGAUUUCUUCCGUCCUCCCAGUUUUUCUUACGAUAUGCGGGAUGAUUCUAAUGUGAGGACUGCGCAGUUGCAUGAGGACGCGUCUAGACACUCAUAAACCAAACUGUAGCCUGAGGGUGAGAUCAAAUCUUGAAGAGUUCAAAAUCUCUGCAGAAGAGAAGCCAGCAUUUACUAGGAGAAAGCUCAACUGGAAAUCAGGUUUUUGGAACAGAACAGAAAGCAUACUCUGUUUUAUGGGAUCAAGUGUUAAAUAUCGGAUGUUGUAUGUUAAUACUGUUUAUAUUAGUCCUUGACGAUCCCCAAGCUUGAUCAUUGACUAUUGG